CGCGCUAAGCAUCUCCCUGCACCUCGGGGGCACUUUCGAGGCCGAUUGAACCUAGCAGCAAUGGUUACCGAUCGGCCCCGAGCCCCACAAUCGCACCAGUCCAUCAGGUCGGCCCCCGUUGAUCCCCUCAUCAUCCACGACCAUUUCCCCUCUUUGAUCGCAUCAGAAUGCACUGCGUACGGCCACCGCGAGCAUCUGCGCUCUUGGUUAUCUUCUUCCUUUGCCUUGGCCUCGGAGCGCACCUUUGCGCGUCAGGCCCACUGUCUCGCCGUGCACCACGGCAGUGCGAGCUUCCUGAUGCCGAUGGAGCCUUUGAGACGUCGACGCCAAGCGAACAGAAUCUUGAUCCCGCAGUCGUUGCCGAGGCGAUCGCAUAUGCCGGUACGCACAACCGGCUCUCGAUACAAAUCUUCCGUCGCAACUGCCUCGUGGCCACGGGUGCCCUGGACCCCUUGACCGAUCAGACACCGUUCCAAGUCUUCAGCGUGACGAAGUCCGUCGUGUCCAUCCUGACGGGCAUGGCCUACGAUCAAAAGAAGCUCGGGCUGGAUGAUGCCAUCGACAAGUAUCUGCCCACGGGCGAAGGGUGGGGAGAUGCCGCACACCGUGCCAUCACCAUCAAGCAGCUCCUCACCGAGACGGCGGGCAUGCGCGAGUCAAUCCUUGCCGAGGCGGCCACCGUUACAACAGAGACCAGCAUCCCGCAGGAAGCGCUGGCGGAGCCGCUCGAGCACGAGCCAGGCACGUUCUUUGAGUACUCGCAGCGCGUCCCCGACCUGCUGGCCUUUGUCGUGCAGCAGGCGGUAGGCCAAGAUCUGCAAGAAUUUGCCCAGGAGCAUCUCUUCAGCCCGAUCGGCAUCGAGCAGGACAAGUACUUUUGGCUUCGCGACCGUUCGGGCAACACGUAUGGCUAUGCGUGGCUGUUUAUCCCUCCGCAGCAGCUUGCCAAGCUUGGCCUGCUGAUGCAAAACGACGGCGUUUGGAAGCAGACGCGCUUGCUCUCGAGUGACUACGUGGCCCAGCUGUCGCAGCCGUCGGAGCACAACCCGUGCUACGGCUACUUGUUCUGGAACAACCGCGGCCAGACGUGCACAGGCGCCAAUAUCCCCGCAGCCCAGACCGUCAACCGAAGCGCGAUCCCAAGUGCGCCCCCGGACCUGUAUGCGAUGGUCGGUGCAUUGCAUCAGAACAACUUCAUCAUUCCGAGCCUUGACAUGACUGUCACGUGGACAGGUCUCUUUGGCGAUGAAGCACCGAACCUGAGCGGAAUCCUCUCGGCGCAGCCCGCCGAUCUCUACUACAACUUCUUUCGCAUCCUCAUGCGCGCCGUUCAGGACCAGCACAUUCCCGAUCCAGGGCCCUACCCUGUCCCGCCUCUGGACCUCGAUGUGAACCCGGCAAACUACCUGAGCAUCCCAGUCGUGCUCAACGAUCUCUUUCCCAACCCGGACUGCAACGUCGUCUUUUGCAACGGCACGAUCCCCACCAAGGGUCUGGUGGAAAACGUCCAGGCAAUCGUUGGGACCGUUCUAGGCUUGUGAGGGGUGGUGGCCACGACGACAUACUGAAGUAGAGCUUGAUUAGAAGACAAAAGUCUUUCGUAUGUUUGCUCGUGAUCGCG